UUCGUUUCUUAUCAAAUAACAGUACAACAAUUCUAUAAAUUUUUAAAGCUUUAAUAUUUUAUUUUCAAUAUCUAAACAAAUAAACAUGUCACCUGCUUUUGACGACGCUUUAAUUACCAAACACACUAUACAUCCUGGUAGAGAAUACGUACCACUCAAACCGGGCACACGAGUCAAAUUUCACUUUCAAACUAAAAGAGUUGACGAUGGCUACACACUGGACGACAGCCGGAAAAUGGGCCAACCAAUGGAAUUGGUGCUCGGUAAGAAGUUUAAAUUGGAGGUUUGGGAAGUUAUAGUACAAAAGAUGGCACUCAACGAAGUUGCCAAAUUUACAGUGCACAAAACGUUGGUCACCCAAUAUCCUUUCGUAUCGAAAGUAUUACGAGACGUGUCUAAGAAGGUAGAACAGCGCCGACACUGUUGCGCUAUGACCCUACAAAAUGAAGGUAUUGGCUAUAAGGAUCUCGAUGAGUUGAUCUCCAAACCAAGUGAUUUGGAAUUCAUCAUCGAGUUAUUUUCUAUCGAGCAGCCGAAAAAUUAUGAAAAAGACCUUUGGCAAAUGAACGACGAAGAAAAGAUGAACGCACAGGAGGCAUUGCGUGAAAAGGGCAAUAAUUUUUACAAAGAAAGAAAUUAUAAAGAAGCAGAGGAGUGUUACCGCAAAGCCGUCGGUAUGAUUGAACAGCUUAUGACAAAAGAGAAACCUCACGAUGUAGAGUGGUUGGCUUUAGCCGCUAUCAAAGUGCCAUUGCUAUUGAAUUAUGCGCAAUGUCGUCUAUUAGAUCGCGAUUACUAUGCGGUUAUAGAGCAUUGUACUGAGGUUUUGGAUUUAGAUAAAGACAAUGUCAAAGCUCUGUUUCGCCGAGCUAAAGCACAUGCUGGUGCGUGGAAUCCAACAGAGGCACGUAGUGAUUUCCUCAAAGCAGCCGAACUAGAUACAUCAUUGACAGCUGUUGUGAAUAAAGAACUACAAGCAAUCGAUGCAGAGCAACGUAAACGUGAUGCUGAGGAUAAAUUGCGCCUACAAAAACUUUUUUAAUUUGUACAAGUAGGUGAAUAUUUUUUGUGUAAUACCUGAGUGUCCACGUUGUUUACUGCUUUGGAAGUGUUGCUUUAUUUGACAGCUCUGAACAGUAAAUGGAAUAUUAACAAUGGUACUAAUGUCUCUAAAUGCACUAAGCUAGUCGCACAAAAUGCUGUUGAUGUUUUACAUGUGAAAUGAAUGUAGAAUAGUUUUAGAUAGUAGUAAUUGUUAUUUUAUUUCAAAUAGUAAUUGAAACAUACACGAGUAUUAUGUGUAUUCAUUUAAUAAUGUAAUU